GUGGCGAAUGUCCUCGAAGCGAAAGAUCCGGAGACCCACACGCCGGUCCUGCGCCGUCAUCAGAGGCAAGAUGCCGAUGUCGUCAAGACAAAGACGCUGCACGACGUUGACAUUGGCAGAUGGCACAGCCCGGUCUCUGAAUUGGCGUCGGGGCAUACGAGCAACACGGUCAAAAAUCUACAACAACAAACCAUGGGCUCUGGACUGGGUUGGUGGUCUGCAUAGGCCUGGGUGUGGGGCCGUCGUCUUCUUGAGCGACGACAAUGGUGCGGCAUGGUACUGCGGUGGGGGUGUUGAGAAAUCUGAGAGCGCCAGAAAUACCUACGACGGGAGGUCAUUCAGGACCUUCUUUCUUACGUCAGUUUUCGAGAAGGAUGGCACAAAUUGGGUCAAGGAAGACAAGAAGGUCGGCCUUGACUUGCGGCUCUUUCAAGGCUACGGCGUCAAGGCUUUCUCCAUGAAAGCGUUUGACGUGCGCGGGGAUGGCACCGAGCUUCGCAUGCUGACUGCGGAACAGUUCCUCAGUAGAACGAACGGCUACCGCGUCACUGGCUGCCCUCCUGUCGUUGAAAGUUCCUUGGAGCUCACCAAACCCUUGGUGAAAUUCAGCAGCCUGGCGGACCAACUGCCAGGCGUUGUUAAGGAGUACAGGGAAGUCUUGCCUCUGGACCAACAAGCCGACUGCCCUUUCGUGCCCUUUGUCACGAGCUCGAGGAAAUCGCGACAGACUCCAUCCGCGCCGGUUGGGAAGAGAAAACAGUUGGCUGCUUGUCCAACUCCGCCUUUGCCAGCCGCGUCGCCCUCGCCCUUGCCCACGGUGAGGGGAGGUCAUGAUAUCGCUCAAUGUUCCAGCGAGGCUACGGAGUACGAUGACAGAAAUCUGUACGGACGCAAUGCUCUGCGUGACAGUGCCCAGGAAGGUGGGACUGCCCUCACUGAGCGAAACGAGGAGGAAGAAGAUGGGGGAAGUUGCGGUCCACGUGAAGACGACGGUGAUGACGAGUAUAUGGACGUUGGGGAUGAGAACAUGCAGGACCAAAACAUGCUUGGCGAUGACGACAUCGGUGUUACGUCGGAGCAUGGCCCUGGCGACAUCCCCACCGGUUCUGUGGGAGCGGCUGUUGGUCGGCCCUUGUCGUCCCCUGCGAUAUGGCAUACGCAAGGCGGGAGUCAGGGUGGGCAUGACUCGCAGGAGCACGGAGGAUCAAAGUCGAGGAAAAGGACAAGAGAAACUUCUCCUUCUGCUUCCGUUCACAAGAGACAAGCGAGGACAGACGCUGGUAGGCGGAUAACACCGACCGAAUUCUUCGAAAGAAACUCCUCGGAGUUCGAUUGGUAUGCUGUCUGUGGUCAGCAUACGGUCGAGGCCAUGAAGACAUUGGUAAAAAAGGGCUCUCCGGCAGUCGACGUCUAUGGCCUUCGCGCGUACUCUAAGGUGCGGGUCGGCGAUUUUGGAGAUGAGCAGACACGAGGGUAUUUCAAUGUCUCCGCCUUCGACAACACGCGCGAAAAUCGGGCCAUGAUGUUGUCCUUCGAGAAUGCUGUCCGUGAUAUGAGGCAAUGGUGGAUCGAUAACCAUCGAAUCGAGGCCCCGAAAGGCAAGGUCAGCGAUAAGGAUGCGGUCGCCGUUGCGCACCAAAAGAAGUGGCAAAAUUUUUUAAGGGCCUACAUGGGGAAGGUAUGCGACAAGGCGUUUGUGAAGCAAGCGCUCGAGAAUGAGUACAGUAAGAAUUGGAGCAAUAAACUCCAUGGCUACAUGAACCUCGCCACAUCUACCAAGGCUAUGUGGCCACUGGUCGAGAAGUUCUUCGAGAUGUUCAACGAGGGGAAGCUGUCAGUUGGCGAUGGUAAAAUACCGCUUGACAUGCCGGGUAGGAUGGAGGGGCGCCAGCCAAGCCCGUACACCGACGAGACGAAGGGGCAAAGAACAUUAUACCAUUGCAUGUACGCGAGAGAUGGUCCCAAAGGCUCCACCGUGUCGUGGAAGGAUCUUUGUCCUUCCUACUUCAAAAAUUUUGGGGAUUUGACGUGCCGCGAGAGGGAAGUUGCACUGCUCCUCCUCAUGAAAGGGAAGGUGGUCGCGACGAACGUCAAGGUCAUACCUCCGAGAGUGAAUACGGAGUGCCUCCUCGACAUCAUGCGCAAGGAACGAUACAUGGUCCGUAUGUUCAACUACGUUGUUUUUCGCGUCGAGGGAAGGGAAGACGAUGAGUGGAAUGAUGCCUUCUUCAUGUCAUACAAGGACCUCGAAGACAGGUAUGGGCCGAACGGUUUGUGUGCAGCUGAAUGGGAGAAGGAACGGGACAAGCUGCAUGUCAGCAAAGUGAAGACGGUCCCUCGACGGCUUGGAGGGGUGGAGGAGGCAAGGCAAGGAUCAGGCUUGGGCCCUACGGCGGCAAUGUAUAAGGAGGCUCCGUUCCACUUUAAGGUGCAAAGUGAUGUUCUGCGUUGCUUAUUCCAGUGGGAGGACAUCAAACUCAUCCUCGGGACCUGGAAACGGGUGGACAGGCCAUCGAAUGACAUCACGAGGUAUGGCAAUAUCGCUACGGCGAGUCGAGACAUAAUGACCAUUGUCCUGCACGUGGAGGGAGGGGAUCUCAGAAAGGUCACGGUCGCACCCCGCCUUGUCAAUGACCUCACAAACGUGCAUGUUGUGGAGGACAAGUUCGGGAAGUGUCUGGGGAAACACAGUGGCAUAGAGGGCGAUGAAAGUGUGGUGUAUUCCAUCAGGGAGCGAGAGCCUGGCAAGUUGCGUUCGUUGUGCGGAUCAUUCGUCAGGGAGGCGGAAUGUGUGUUUUUAUUGGGUAGGGCGCACGCGGGUCUUGUGUGGGAAUUCUUACUGGCAGGGAAUAAUGUCAUUGCCUGUGACGAGUCAGCAAAGGACAUUGCAUACUUGACAAAGUUCAUCGAUAUACUUGUUAAGGACGACAGAUUCAACUGCCACGUCGAGAAACCGCGUUGCAAACAUCGCCCGAACAGGGACAUGUUCCACAAGUUGGGGCCUAAGAGACUGAAGGUGUGGGAGUACCUGUUCCGCGAUAUGCCACGAGGACGGCUUGACGGGAAAUAUAUAUACAGGAAAGCAAAGGCAACAGAGACCCUCAAACAUUAUCACGGUGCUCUCACUGGCGCCUUUAAGACUUUUGUUGCUCGAUGCGAGAUCCUCAAGUUCGAUCUUCGCAAAGACCAAUUGACGUCCAAGGACUACUCGGAGCUCGCGAAAUCGGGCGAUGGCUUUAACCCCGUCGAUAGCGAGAAAGAUUCUUCGGACUUCGACCUCGAACAGGGCGAGGACACAUGUGCUGAGGUUCCGCGCGGAGGAAUGGUGCAAGCUCAUGAUGACGGAAUUGUCCAUUCGCACGAAGGGUCCAUCCCGGUGGCCGCCCCAAGCGUCGCCUCAAUGGUGGCCCCGUCAGAGACUGCUGCAUUGCAAGACAAUGGAAGAUGCGGUGGCAAUGAAGAAGACGACAUUGAGAUACCAGGCGAGGCGUCGACGCUCGCACCAGGCGAUGCAAUUCCUCCAGGCUACUGUGCUGACCCGAACACGAUUUAUUUCUUGGAGGGCAAACACACCCACACAGGCGAGGAUCAAUGGGGCCAUGACAUCAUAUGGCAUGAGGGCGUUUUACAGUCGUGCAUCCAAGAUGGGGAGUGGAAGAUGGCGGUGAAAUACACAAGCGGUUGGAAGACUUUUCGUCGGAUGUCAAAGAACAUCUGGUUGAAAACGACGGAGCUCGCGAUCCUGCAUCGCGUGCGCGUCGAGAAUCCAGGGCAGAGCGAGGCCGCCAUCAAAGCCAAGGCCGAAGAAUUGUUUCAUGUCUUGCGCGACAAUCGGCAACUGUAGUACAACAACAAAUUUUAUGCCCUACA